AUGAUUGUCUCUGAGUCAAAGUGGAUAAAUACAGGGAAGUUAUUGCACUUGUUCUCCUCUUUGUUCUCUCGCUCCCAAGACCAAAAUGAACUUAACCAUGAAUCUCAUGAUUUGAGAGAAGAUCUUCUGAAAGAAAAUAAGGUGACUCGGGAUGAAAAUAAGGCACUUAGAAAAGAAAACAAGUUCCUCUGGGAAGAAAACAAAGCCCUUCGAGAAGAAAACAAAGCCUUCCGGAUGGACAACCAAUUAAUCAGGGAGCGGAAUCAAUUCCUGAGACAGCAAACGCAGGUCCUAUGGAAGUUUAAAAGUGUGAUUUUAGAAAGCCUAUGUCCACCUGGAGGAAAAAUCAGUACCUUGAACACAGAAAGAAAUUCUUACUGGCUACAUGAUCAUCUCCUAGAAACUCAAAUUGAGGCUAUCAGGGAACAGGAAAAAGCCUUCCAGAAAGAGGCAAAAGCUCUUCAAGAAGAAAUAAGGUCUCUCUAUGAAGAGAUGAAGGCUCUGCAACAUCAAGAGAGAGCAAUCAAGAUGGAGGAACAAGCUCUGAUGAAAAAAGGGAUAGCUUUAGAGUUGGAGGAACAGGCUCUCUGGAAGGAGGAAGAGGCCCUUCGUGAGGAAAACAAGGCACUUAGAGAAGAAAACAGUGCUCUUCAAGAGGAAGAGAUAGCCCUUCUGGAAGAGGCAAAGAUCCUUGAGGACUGGAAUAAAAGGCUUCAGGAAAGAAGCAACCAAUCAGCUGAUUGGAAAAAUGCAUAA